AUGGCCGACCUUUUGGCUGUCCGGCACAAGAGAAAUCCCGGCGACGAUGGUUAUCGGACCCCCACCAUCGAAGAUACCGAGCGAGCAUUGUACCUGGUGGACCAAGCAGACAGUCCCGGUAGCAGAGUACGGGUUGUCCACACGACUGCGCUCGAGGCCGCGCUGCAGAAAGUACCAUCACGGGCCAUUGAUGGACCGAGCCGUCUAUGUAAGGAAUUGCCUGGUGGACCAGCGUAUGAUGGUGUGACUCUUUCUCGGAGAAGAACCGAUGCAUCAGCCACGAGUCUCAGUUGGAAAAAGCGUAUUCGGCACGUUACCUGGGCUUACUUUACCUUGACCAUGGCCACUGGUGGCUUGGCCAAUGUCUUAUAUCAAGUACCCUACCGGUUUCGAGGUUUGAAAACCAUAGGGGAUGUUGUCUUCUUGAUCAAUAUUGCGCUAUAUAUCCUGGUUUGGGGUCUUCUGAUAGCACGAUUCUACUAUUAUCCGUAUACAUUCAAGGCAUCUUUUCUCCACCCAACAGAAUCCUUGUUUGUGCCGGCGUCAGUGGUGUCCUUUGGAACGAUCUUGAUCAAUGUAUCCCAGUACGGCGCCGGCAGCACGGGGGAUUGGUUGCAACGAGCAGUGGGAAUUCUGUUCUGGAUUGAUGCCACACUUGCGGUGAUGUUCUCGGCGGGAAUCUACGUCCUUCUAUGGUCAACCCAGACUUUUACCAUUGCACAAAUGACUCCAAUCUGGAUCUUCCCUGCGUACCCUAUGCUCAUCAUCGGACCUCAUGCUGGCGUCUUGAGUAAGAAGCUGGAACCAUCGCGCGCCCUGCCCAUCAUUAUUGGCGCCACGACAAUCCAGGGAGUCGGCUUUUUGGUUUCGCUGAUGGUCUACUCGGCCUUUAUCUACCGACUCAUGACGCAGAAACUCCCGAAGGAGAAUGUACGCCCUGGUAUGUUUGUCUCGGUGGGACCUAGCGGAUUCACCGUCGCGGGGCUUGUCAACAUGGCCUCCGAGGCGAAGCGGUGCUUCCCGGCUGAUUUUAUGGGGAACGGGCCGCUGGCGGCCGAUAUCAUUAAGGUGGUUGUGGAUUUUGCAGCAUUGUGGUUGUGGGGGUUGGCGAUAUUCUUCUUCAUCAUUGCAAGUUCAGCACACAUGUCAGCCAUCGGACCAGGCCGCAUGGUCUUCUCGAUGACUUGGUUCUCGUUUGUGUUUCCCAACACGGCACUCAUCACCGCCACAUUUGCCAUAGGCAAGGCAUUUUCCUGCAAGGCCAUUGAUAUUGUUGGCUGUGUUGCCGUUUUCCCUUUGCUGUUGAUGUACUUUUUCGUCUGCUAUAUGAUGAUCCGGGCUAUUGUUCUGCGCCAUAUCUUGUGGCCUCAGAAAGGAGAGGAUCGAGACGAGGGUGGAUUUGAGAUUCUUCAGAUCAAACCGGAUGCAGAAAUUGAAGGGGAUACGGCUGUUUAG